GGAGGGGUAGAAUGGCGGAGAGGGGCGGGAGCUUCUAGGCGUGCUGCACCAACCGGUGGGGUCAACAAAGAAGGCACUUCCGUUCCGUAAAUGUCUAUGGAGAUUUGGAAAAAGCACCUUUGGGACUUGUGUUCCGUAACAGAUCUUGUUCUAAACUGAGGUAGAGCCAGCCCCACCACCCCCCUUGGGGAAUGUAAUGAGUGUUGCACGUAUUGAUUGCCAUGGGUUCCCGGUGGCGGCAAUUGCAAUGCUUAUUGCAGGUAUUACGCCCGGAGGUUCGCUUGCUGCCAGCUCGCUGUCAGUGGCGUAAUCCCGUUAGGUUUUGGCACAACUCUGCUGUCAAUUUUCGCCAGCCGCCAGCCGGUAAUGGACCGGCUCGGGGAAAGAGUGGGGCUGGUACGCUCUCUUCCCGGGGGACGGAAGACAACGAGGAUGGGGACCUCGUAGACAACGACGAUGAUGAAGACGACGACGACGACGACGACCUGGACGUAGAAGACAACCUGUUGGAGGAGUCGAGAUUACCGUUUGUCACGCUGGAGACCCAAAGAGUGUUUAUUGUACACCCGGCUGUGAAAUGGGGACCUGACAAGCCGAAGCUGACCACAGCUGAAUUGCAGCUAGCUGAAGCUGUUACUCUAAUAAACACCCUUCAAAACUGGACCGUGAUAGAUAAAAUCAUUCUUCCUAUACAAAUUCCUGACAAGAAAUUUAUCUUUCACAAAGGAAAUUUUCAACUUCUAACUGAAAAAAUUAAAAGAUUGCCUUUUUUAUCAUCUGUCUUCGUAAAUGUAGAAAUGCUCUCUCCUAUAACUAAAAAAGAACUUGAAAAGGCCUGGGGCGUGAAGGUUUUUGACAGAUAUACCAUUGUCCUUCAUAUUUUCCGAUGUAAUGCUCAAACAAAGGAGGCAAAACUCCAGAUCGCUUUGGCUGAACUCCCACUUCUAAGAACCAAUGUGAGAAAUGAAGUUGCUCAAUUAGAUCAACAGAGAGGUGGCUCAAGAUACAUUAUGGGAUCAGGUGAAACCUUCAUGGAAAUUCAGCUUCGUCUCUUAAAAGAAAAAGAAAUUAAAAUUCGAAAGGCUCUAAAGAAGCUUAAAAAAAAUAGAAGUUUACUCAGAAAACAACGGAACAAAUGUGAAUUUCCAAUUAUUUCAGUAAUGGGCUACACUAAUUGUGGGAAAACUACUCUAAUCAAGGCCCUCACAGGGGAUGCAAAAUUACAGCCUCGAGAUCAACUUUUUGCCACAUUAGACAUUACAGCUCAUGCUGGCUACCUGCCAUCUCGAUUGACUGUUCUAUAUGUUGAUACCAUUGGAUUUCUCUCUCAGUUGCCUCACAAUCUUGUUGAAUCGUUUUCAGCUACACUGGAAGAUGUAGCUUUCUCAGAUUUAAUUGUUCAUGUGAGAGACGUUAGCCAUCCAGAAACCAGCCUCCAGAAGAAAACUGUAUUAUCAGUUCUCAAGAAUCUUAAUAUUCCCAAUCAUCUACUUGAAUCCAUUAUUGAAGUACACAAUAAAGUGGAUUUAGUAGAUAGGUAUCAACCUAAAGAACAAAAUGCUAUAGUCACUUCAGCUCUCCUUGGACAUGGUUUAAAAGAGCUGAAAGAAGAAAUCGAGGCAAGAGUUUUGAAAGGAACUGGGAAAAAAUUUAUGACAAUUAAAAUCAAUUUAUCUGGACCUCAGCUCAGUUGGCUGUACAAAGAAGCAGUAGUACAAGAAGUUGAUGUUGCUCCUGAAGAUAAUACAGCUAAAGUAAAGGUCAUCAUAAGCGACUCUGCCCUGUGGAAAUGCAAACGACUAUUUCCUCAGUCUAGUUAUCUGUCUUGAUAGCCACAACCUGCUUUGCUUCUGGGAGAAAGGUUUUCCAGCAAAUUUUUAAGAAACAAGAGCAAUCACAGUGAUGAAACUGCAUACACAACGUUGACUCCAGUGGACUUAAAAAUUAAUGUAAACAUGGUUAAUAAAAAUGUUCUCCUGAUAUAAAGUGGUCAGCUUUUCAACACUGAGUUAGUGAUGACAAUGAGAAGAAAGCUGUUCCAGGACAAUUUUAAAUUUCUGUACAGGAAGUGGUUAUCUAUAUGCAACAAUUAUAUUGAGUAGAGAGGUUGAAGUGUUUCAUUUAUUUAUUAAAUUCAUGUGCCACUCUUCUCAUUGUCAGUCAAUUCUGGGCAGCUUGCAACAUCAUAAAAACAGCAGUAUAAAACAUUAAAACACUGAACAUUGACAUAAAGCUGGGUAAACUAGGAACCUGAGGUGCAGAUGAGAUUGCCUACUUAGUCUACUAUCUACAGCAGGGGAACCCACAUCAGGGCCCCAAGCCAAUUGGCAAAGCCAGGUUUCCAGCCCUUUACAAGGCCAAGAGAGUUACGGUUAGUAUGCUUAAUGCUGGAAAAUAUACACUCAGGAGUAUAUGUGACUUGAA